AUGCGGUUCCUUCGCACCAUUGAGCGGUUGACCGUGGCCAUGUUACAUCUGCUCGCAGUGACGGCGUAUGACCUGGACCCCACCAACAAGGCAUACAAGAUGAUGCAGUAUUAUCCGGGCAAUCGGACCGGUGGCACCCCCGGAAUCUUCGGCGUGCCCAUCUUCUGGUGGGAGUCCGGCGCAAUCUUCGGAAGCUUGAUUGACUACUGGUACUACACUGGCAACAGUGGGUACAACGAUGUCGUCUCCGAGGCCAUCCGGUGCCAGGUCGGCGAAGAGCAGAACUUCAUGCCGUCCAAUCAAUCGCACACAAUGGGAAACGACGACCAGUGCUUCUGGGCAUUGACCGCCAUGGCCGCCGCGGAGAGGAACUUUGCCAACCCCCGCCGACAAGCCGCAGCGACACGGUGGGACCCGAGGACGUGUGGUGGCGGUCUCCGCUGGCAGACAGUCGCGAUCGCAGACGGAUAUAACUACAAAAACACAAUUUCUAAUGGAUGCUUCUUCAAUAUCGCUGUGAGGCUUGCUAGAUAUACCGGAAACGAUCCCUAUGCCGUCUGGGCUGAGAAGACGUACGACUGGCUCGGGGAUGUCAAAUUGAUAAACGCCACAACUUGGGACGUCCACGAUGACCACCAGACCGCCACGGACUGCUCCGACAAUAGAGAAGGCCUCGACGAUAACCGCUGGAGUUACAAUCUUGGGAUACUGUUAUCGGGCUCUGUCUACCUCUACAACUACACCAACGGCGAGUCGAAAUGGAAGCACCGUGUCGACGGCUUCCUGAACGCCACAGACUUCUUCUUCAAGGCGCAACCCCACUACGGCAUCGACGGCGUUCUCUGGGAGCCCCAGUGCGAGCGGUGGGGCGUAUGCGACAUCGACCAAAAGUCGUUCAAGGCGUAUAUGUCGCGCUUCCUCGCCCUCGCCGCCAAGAUGGCGCCCUUCACCGACCGCAUCAUGUCCAAGCUGCGCAGCAGCGCCAUCGCCGCGGCAAAGCACUGGUCGGGGUACACAGACGGCAACACCUGCGGGAUGAAAUGGACGCUGGACGGAGAAUGGGAUGGCACCGGCGAUGUCGGCCACCAGCUGUCCGCGCUCGAAACUAUCCAGAGCAACCUGAUAUUCCACGUGCAGCCCCCGCUCACUCAUGUCUCCCCCGGUGCGAAUAGGGGAAGUCCGGGUGCGGGAGGAGCGGCCGCGGAUGAGGCUGUGCAUUGGAAGGCCACCAUGGCGGAUGAGGCUGGAGCGUGGAUACUGACCGCGGUGGUUUCGGCGGCGGUUGCGGGUACGGCGUGGUGGAUGGCGAUGAAUUGAUGGUCUUGCAUCUGUUGAUGUGCGAGUCCGUGGCACUUGGGAUAACGGCUUGUGGGCGCUUUUCAAGAUGCUUGAUCAACGUGGAUCGCUGACCUCGUGGAUUUUCUGGAAGUAUAUAACUGUUACUAUUCUGC